ACCAAACAGUCUGCUCCCGAGCCUUUGCUCAGAGCUGAGAGGAGCUGCAGCAGCAAAUCAGUUUGUUUGCUGUGGAUUUCAGGUUUUUCCUCCUCAGCCAUGGAUCUUAGAGGGCUUCAGGUAACACUUUGUCUUCUUCUGCUGUCGCACUGCUCACUCCAGCAGACAUCCUCCAAGAAGAGGAACGGAAAGAAAGACUCAGUAACAAGUGAUGCGAUUGAGAAGCUGCAGAAACAAAUUGAUGACAUUGUUCAGGAGCUGAACCUGCUGAAAGAGCACCAAGCCUUGCAGACAGUUUGUCUGAAAGGCACAAAGAUCCUGGGAAAGUGUCUCCUGGCUGAUCCAGUGAAAAAGACCUUCCACGCAGCCAACGAUGACUGCAUCGCCAAGGGAGGCAGCCUGAGCACCCCGCUGACGGCAGACGAGAACGACCAGCUUCACAGCUAUGUUCGCCAGAGCGUCGGGUCAGAGGAGCAAAUCUGGCUGGGCGUCAAUGACAUGGUGAUGGACGGACACUGGGUGGACCAGACAGGCUCCAGCGUACGCUUCAAGAACUGGGAGACUGAGAUCACCCACCAGCCCGACGGGGGGCACGCCCAGAACUGUGCCAUCUUGUCCACCACAGCCAAUGGGAAAUGGUUCGAUGAGAACUGCAGAGCAGAAAAGGCCUCGGUGUGUGAGUUUAACAUCGUCUGAGAGGUUUACUGCCACUCUUUAGACUCUGAUAUCUCUCUAUGCAGAUGAUAUCAGCAUUAAACUGAAACAGAUUUAAGCUGCAGUUUUCCUUAGACCUCUGUUUCUACAUGUCAUUAUCAGAAAAGAACAUUAAAUGACGCAGUAUAAACUACUCACUGGAACCUUUAUAAAAAUACUAACAAUACAUAUGUUUAUGUUAAAAUAUAUCAGUAUGGCUUGUUUGUGUAUUGUGUGCCAUAUGUAAUCAAAUCUGCUUUAUAACUGAAGAUCAAUUAUGUGUUUUCUGUGGCAUCCUGGCUUUUACUUCCACAAGCUUAAUGUAUGACAUAAUAUGGAUAAAAAUGUACAGUGAUCCUAUAAGGCAUUCGCAACUUGUUUUUCUGCCGAACAUACCUGGCAGGAACAGGAGAGUUCAAAAGAAUCUGACUGCAGACAGGUAAGGAAGUGACCAAGGUGACAAUUUUGGCAAAUAUUUUUAGUUGUAAAAUUACAAAAAAUAAAAAGAAAAGAAAAGAAAAACAAACCAUAAUGUAAUGGAUGUCUAUUAAAAAAAAAAAAAAAGAAGUCUCGUCUGAGGUUCAGACUGCUGUUGGAUGUGAUGGUUGCACAUCCAAAUAAAACAGAGGACCUUCAUGGAGACGUCUAAAAUUGGUCUAUUGGACCGGACCCGAUAUGAUCUCCAUCCAUCUAAUUUUUAGUGAUACAGGUUGCUUAAAAAGAAUGUGUACAAAUAUAAAUGAUUAAUAUUGUUAAACUUUAUAGCAAAUGAAAUAGUUGGAUUAACUGUAUGAAAUAAGUUUCAGUAACUCAGGACUUCUAGUUGUUGGUGUGAUAUUCUUUCUUAAAAAAUGACACUUACAGUAUAUGUGUUUUAAAAUUCUAAUAAGAAAAAUAAACAAAACAAAACAUGAACUAAGGCUGGCACCUUUUCCUGAUUUAAUUCCAUGGAAUUGAUUCAGUCACAUGUUAUCGUUGCAGUAAAACACCCUCCUUCUGCUUUUACAGGGAUGCUGCAUCUCUAUGACAUGACGGGGCAACACUGAAAGCAGUCAGUCAGCCCUGAGGGGGAACAAUUUUUUUACAAACUGAUCACAUAGAUAAAGACUAUUAUACCUUGGCAUACGCAACUGACUGUCACGAAAAGUAGAACGGCAGGUUGGGUAAGCAACAACAAAGCAAUCGUCUAGGUAGGAGAAAGGUGAAAGUAUGAAGACAAGAAGAAGGCACAGGGGCAUGUCAUCAUAAAAAGCAAGGAAAAAAGUCAAAUAAUAAAAUAAAACAAACUUUAACUGGGUUUUAGAAACCUAUGAAAUUGAUAUUUGUUUCUUUUUCUUUGAAGAAACAGGAAAACCAAGUGAUUUUUGACAUCAUUUGAACAAAACAAUAAAUCUGUUGUCAUGAAAAGAUUUUUUCUUGUUUUAAAUAAAUAUAACAUCUGGUCAAAUAUGAAAUAUGGUUACUGUGUCAAACCAUUUUGCAUACAGAAACCAUCUUGUGUUAUUAGAGUAUCUCUUUUACUUACAACUCCAUUUUUUUCCUAUACAAAAUAUUUACCAAACAGCAAACUGAGCACGCUGAAAAAAAGACACAUUAAAUUUAUUAUUCUUAUUGCAAUAAUAGAAGAAUUGUAAUAACAGAAUCAAGCCUUGAACAAACUGAUUUAAAACACAGAAAAAGAGUCAGAGAAAACUGUAGCAGGCUAAAGGAUUUAAAUAUUUAUUUCAUUAAAAGUUUGAAACAUUAAUGCAAAUAAACAGCUAUAUUAGACUUUUAGAAAUAUAACAAUAUGAUAAUUAAAACCUUUCUUAUAACCAACAUGUACAGUAUUUGUCAUGGUUUUAUUAAAUAAUAAAUAAAAGUUACAGAGCUUGAUAAUAGUUUAAGUAGUCCACAGUGACAGCACACUUUAAUGUUCAGUUUUCUGUGCAAAAGUCCUAAACUUGGUAUUAUAAGGCAAAAACAGUCUAAAAAGAUUAAAAACUAUACAAACACCGUUUAAAGAUAGAAGUUGGCACAGUUUACGCUGACAUUAUCUAGGAAGGCUUAUAAGGGUGUACAAAACACAUUGGUGUUGGUCCCAGUAUAUAUUACCAUUGGCUAUUAUAAUUAGACUUUACCUUGGUUUGUCCUAAAGAAGAGGAGUCUAAAGAUCAACCCAAACUUCUGAGGGUCUCCACAUUCAUUUACUGAAUGGCUACAGUUAUAGUAUAGGCAGCACAGGCUAUAUUCAUAUAUUAAAGUUUGUUUUUUCAACACACUGAAGUCAGCGUCCGACUGCACUUGGCUGGGCUAUUUUACUGCAUUUAACAAGUCAUCACUGCCUUUGAUCUACGCUGGUUGGAAAUUUAAAAAACUUAAUACUGGUCACAUUCGAACUGGAUUGUUUUGCAUCUAUUAAAUACAAUUUGUGAAGAA